GAAAGAGGAAUACGAGGCACUUCUUCCCAAACUCGGCAUCACCCUCAAACAUGAAGACAAAGACAAAGAUGGCAAACAGCUACUGAAAGUGGUGAUGCGUACUUGGCUACCAGCCGGCGAGGCUUUACUGCAAAUGAUAGCCAUUCAUCUCCCAUCCCCUGUCACUGCCCAAAAGUACAGGAUGGAAAUGUUGUAUGAAGGACCCCAUGAUGACGAGGCCGCCUUAGGUAUUAAGAAUUGUGACCCUCACGCACCCCUUAUGAUGUACAUCUCCAAAAUGGUACCCACUUCUGACAAGGGCCGUUUCUACGCUUUUGGCCGUGUAUUCUCUGGCAAAGUAGCCACCGGCAUGAAAGCCCGUAUCAUGGGCCCCAACUACACCCCUGGCAAGAAAGAGGAUUUGUACGAGAAGGCCAUCCAGCGUACAAUCCUCAUGAUGGGUCGUUAUGUGGAAGCUAUUGAAGACGUCCCCUCUGGUAACAUUUGCGGUCUGGUAGGUGUUGACCAGUUCUUGGUGAAGACUGGAACCAUAACAACAUACAAGGACGCCCACAAUCUGAAGGUCAUGAAGUUUAGUGUAUCUCCCGUUGUACGUGUUGCUGUGGAACCCAAGAAUCCUGCCGAUUUGCCGAAGCUGGUAGAAGGUUUGAAACGUUUAGCCAAGUCAGAUCCUAUGGUACAGUGUAUCAUAGAAGAGAGUGGUGAACACAUCAUUGCAGGUGCUGGAGAAUUGCACUUGGAAAUCUGUUUGAAGGACUUGGAAGAGGACCACGCUUGCAUACCCAUCAGGAAAUCCGAUCCCGUAGUAUCUUACCGUGAAACCGUUAGCGAGGAAUCCAACCAGAUGUGUCUGUCCAAAUCCCCCAACAAGCACAACAGGUUGUUCAUGAAGGCACAACCCAUGCCAGACGGACUCGCUGAAGAUAUCGAUGGUGGCAAUGUCAACCCUAGGGAUGAUUUCAAAUCCCGUGCCCGUUACUUGUCUGAGAAAUAUGACUAUGACGUCACCGAGGCUCGUAAGAUCUGGUGCUUCGGACCUGACGGCACAGGGCCCAACAUCCUGGUGGACUGUACCAAGGGAGUGCAGUACCUUAAUGAAAUCAAGGACUCUGUGGUGGCCGGCUUCCAAUGGGCCACCAAGGAGGGUGUGUUGUCCGAGGAGAACUUGCGUGGUGUCCGUUUCAACAUCUAUGAUGUCACUCUCCAUGCUGAUGCUAUCCAUCGUGGUGGCGGUCAGAUCAUUCCAACUACUCGUCGUUGUCUGUACGCUUGUCUGCUCACUGCCUCUCCAAGGCUUAUGGAGCCCGUGUACCAGUGCGAGAUUCAGUGCCCUGAGGUCGCCGUUGGUGGAAUCUACGGUGUGUUGAAUAGAAGACGUGGUCACGUAUUUGAAGAAAUGCAAGUAGCCGGCACACCCAUGUUCGUCGUUAAGGCUUACCUGCCUGUAAAUGAAUCGUUCGGUUUCACUGCCGACUUACGUUCCAACACUGGAGGACAGGCCUUCCCUCAGUGCGUAUUCGAUCAUUGGCAAGUGUUGCCUGGUGACCCACUAGAACCCAGUACCAGACCUUUCACCGUAGUGCAGGAAACACGUAAAAGGAAAGGGCUGAAAGAAGGGCUCCCAGACCUGUCUCAAUAUCUGGAUAAAUUGUAAAAAAAAAAAUGGUGUGAUUAGGUUAUAUUAUAAUUUAAAAAUUUAUUUCCGUACAUAUUAUAUAUAAAUAUGAUUUUAUAAAACUUUACAUAAUUAAAUUUCCACAUUGGGGUUAAAUUCGGUCCACCCAGGAACAAGCAAACUUGUAAAACAUUUAUGUAAUAUAUUCAUGUUGUUUUUUUGUUGACACCGGAGCAACUUCUGUACAUUUAUUCCAUUCUUUUGACAGUGACAAGUAAAUUCUCCAACAAGAA